CCUGUCUAAAAUAUAAAAGGAAAAGAAAGAUAAGCAAAUGAAACUGAUGGAAGGUGUGUAUUGAGUAAUCACCAAACCACUACCAAAACCAUAAACCUCCCAACUUCCCCACACAACACAUAAUAACAAAAACACUUUCUUCUUCUUCCCUUGUUUUUGGUUUUACUAUUCUUCUGCUUCUUUCUUCAACAAUAACACACACAAAUUUAAACAUAACCUGAAAAACAAAAAAAAAAGAGGAGCAACCAAAAAAAGAAAAGAAUCAAUGGAUGGUUUGAUUCCAAUGGCGUUUAAGGCUAUGAGGAAAAACCGGACCCGUCGGCGUUAUGAGUGUCUCUCUUCCUCCGCCGGCACGACUAAAGAUUCCAACGACGACUACGACUUCUUCCCCUUCGCCGCUAAAUCCGAAAACGCCGUUGUAUCUCGACCCUCAUCGUCUUUUGUUCAUAUGGAGAUGAAUAACGUUGGUGUUCAACAACGUCACCGCCGUGGAUGGUCGGUCGGAGAUUUCUCAUCCAUGUCUUAUCGUGAAGGAAGAAGAUCUGGUGCUGACGGCGGAGAAACCGGUUUUUCUCCGUCCCGGCGAGGACAGCUUUUGAGGAAUAGAAGCCAUAGAUUGUUCUCUUGUGUCUCAGGUGAAUGAUUUAUUCAUCCAAAAAGCUUAAAUCUCAGCUCAAUACAUUUCAUUUGCAUCUUGUUUUGUGUUAAUGUUGAUUUUCAUUACGAAAGUCUAAACUCUAAAAAUUGUUUGGGGGGAAAAAUUGCAAUUUUUGUACUUAUGGGUGAUAUUUCGAUAUUGAUGUGUAAAGUUUUGGGGUAUUAGUAAGACAGUUACAAUUAUUUGAGGCUCAGAAGAUAAAAAGAAAACUUUAGAAGUUCA